UUGGGGCUGGAGAAGUAUCUAACCUUGUGGAUCUUGCUCGCGGUGGCCGUAGGCAUGGCGCUUGGGCAGAUCCCAGGCAUCGAUGACGUGCUCCACAAGCUGAAGCUUGGCAAUACAAACAUGCUCACAGCUGUCGGCAUGGUCCUCAUGCUGCUGCCGCCCUUCGCAUCCGUCCGCUACAACGAAUUUGUUCGGAGCAUCUCUAAGGUACCCAAGCGGAUUGCUUUCGGCAGCAUCGUCAUGAAUUGGGUUGUCGGGCCCUUUUUGAUGGGAGGGUUGGGCAUCAUGACUCUGAGCAACCAGCAUGACUUGUUGGAAGGUGUGAUCUUCAUCGGCGCAGCGCGCUGCAUCGCCAUGGUGCUCGUAUGGACUGCCCUCGCGGAGGGCGACUCUUUCUUGUGCGUGUCGCUGGUGCUGCUCAAUUCAGCCAUCUAA